AUGUUCUGCAUCGGCCGGCUACUUAAACGUCAGAACUCACAUUUCGACCGAUGGCAACGGCUAAUUUUACUAGGAGCCGUCAGUUCAAUAUACAUAAGCCCAGAAAAGGUCGGUUUUUUGAAGAAGAAACUGAGAAGGGAACGAGGAAAGAGACAGAUCGCGGGGAAGAACUCGGGCCGAACUCACUUGAAGAAAGCAUGCACGUGGUUUGAUCACGGUUUGAUAUUGAACCCACCACAUUUUGUCAUAACUCUGCCUCGAGCGUACGAUAAGCUCCUCAAUUGUGCUGCACUAACAUGUAGCCCUAGCAAUAGUACGGCUUCUCCCCACACACCACUGCCCACAUCGUCAUCGACAUCGCCUACCGAACUAUCGAGACUGCUAUACUUCAUCCUACUAUCUGACCGAAUCCAUAUUAACCGGUCUCCAUUGCAUUCAGAACCUUCGCUACUCGAGGGGGGCUACAGAAUCGCUCGCCAACUCGCUGCGCACGCUUGCAUUUAUUUAAGGAUUCAUCUCAGGAUUCAUUUUUUUCUGCUGAUUAGGUUGAUUUCAUUCCCAGACACUCCCGCAUCUGGAAAGCAACAACCAGAAGGAAUAACACCUUCGCGCACACAUGAUGCGUUUGUCCCCGUGCGAUUCGAGGUUGAAAAUCACGGAUGCAAGAAGCAUGAAAGACGGGUAAGGGCAUAUGCAUACGGUUUCGUAUUCUUAUCGGAUCCUUCUAUUAGGUCCUGUUUUAUUCCAAGCUUCCUUCAUUCCUUGUGCACUGUCUUUGUGCUCGCGAUGCAGUGCAAGAGAGUUGACAUGAGUGCUUUCCAAGAUCCCCAACGCUGCACAUACGAAAAGCAAAUUAAAGUGAAAUACAUUGAUCCAACUUGGUAUUGUUCGAGAAUCAUGGCCAAAUGUCACUCCUACUUCUCGCCCUCGCAUCGCCAAAAAAGGAAAACUAGCACGCGUGUAUGCCUAAAGGACUCUCUACCCUUGUCGACCACAAUGCAUCGAACGCUGAUGUCGCAGGAUUACCUUCACUGGGGUAAAGCCCCUACUUCCGAAAACGGCCCCAAUUUUCGACAUCUGUUGCUAGAAAAUAUGCGUUUAAUGUGCGAGUUUAGAAAGAUGAUUGUUGUGAUAGUUGUUAAGUCGUGUGCGCCAAUGCGCUGGCCAUGA